UGUGCAAUCGCAAGGCAGAGAGGGCGAGCGACGGCAUCAGCAGCGGUUGAUGAGAAAGAAAAAGAGAAAAAAAAAAACUUUGCGGACGAAAGGGAUGCGAAGCUGAUAGAGGAACUUGGAAAGUGUCGAAUGCUCGAGAGAGGAAAGAUAAAUUUUAGGAUGCCAAAGGUUUUAGUGAAAGUUAUGAAGGAGGCAUGGGCGAAAGGGAAAGUUUAGUGAAGCGCUUCAGCAAUACCGCUGCUGAGUUAUGCUGACCAUUAUUCUUGGAAUACAUUCCCUGAGUCCGCUGAAUGGUCGCGUUUUAUAAAUCAACGACAAAAUGGGAUUUCAUAGGGUGAAGUGUUCAUUGAGUGCCUAAAUGCGAAGGAGAAUGAGAAUAUAGCAGUGAAUAUAAUAACACAUAAAUUAAAGGUUAUUUAAAGAAAAUCUUUUUCCAUCAUCUUAUUUCACACCCAUCAGAAAUUAUUUUAGAUGGGAAUAACGUCACUUGAUUACGUAAUUGAUUAAACAAAGCAACAACAGAAAAAAAACAAUAUGUAUUUAGGUAAAGCACUUUUGUUUUUUCUGCUUUUGAAUUGUGUGACCAUGAGUUUGUCGCUGUCCACUUGCGCAACUGUGGACAUUGAUAACAUAAAGAAAAAGCGAGUUGAAGCGAUCCGAGGACAGAUUCUGAGCAAGCUUCGACUUACCAGCCCGCCGAAGGCACCGAGUCCGCACCAGGUCCCCUACCAAGUGCUGGCGCUGUAUAACAGUACGAGGGAACUGCUUGAUGAAUUGGGGAGGGACCGGCAGCAAACCUGCGGCCAAGACAACACGGAACCCGAAUACUACGCCAAGGAGAUAUACAAAUUCAACAUGAUUCACGGACCGCCGGACAACAACGAUCUGCCACACUGCCUGAAGGGCAUCACCUCCAAGGUGUUCCGUUUCAACAUUUCGGCCAUGGAGAAGAACUUCACCAACCUCUUCCGCGCCGAGUUCCGCGUCCUCCGGGUGCCCAACACCAGCGCCAAAAGGAAUGAGCAGCGGAUUGAGCUCUACCAGAUCCUGAGGCCAGACGAACACAUCGCUAAGCAGCGGUACAUCGGCGGCAGGAACAUCCUGACGAAGGGCACACCGGAGUGGGUCUCCUUCGAUGUCACCAAGACUGUGCGAGAGUGGCUACAGUACCGCGAGACCAACCUGGGUCUGGAGAUCAGCGUGCACUGCCCUUGCCACACUUUCAACCCCAAAGGUGACAUCAUUGAGAAUGUCAAUGAAGUGCUGGAGGUCAAGUUCAAAGGGGCAGAGGGGGACUAUGACGAGCAUGGGCGGGUGAAGAAGCAGAAGGAGCAGCCGCUCCCCCACCUCAUCCUCAUGAUGCUGCCGCCCCAUCGGCUGGAUGCGCAGUCCCCCCGUCGAAAGCGGGCACUGGACACCGACUACUGCUUUGGCCGCCAUGAAGAGAACUGCUGUGUGCGUUCCCUCUAUAUCGACUUCCGCAGGGACCUGGGCUGGACAUGGAUCAACGAACCCAAGGGCUACUAUGCCAACUUCUGCUCCGGGCCCUGCCCGUACCUACUCAGCUCCGACAACACUUACAGCACGCUGCUAGGCCUCUACAACAGCCUGAACCCCGAAGCCUCAGCUUCGCCCUGCUGUGUCCCAAAGGACCUGGAACCCCUCACCAUUCUCUACUACUCUGGGCGGAACCCCAAGAUGGAGCAGCUCUCCAACAUGAUAGUCAAGUCUUGCAAGUGUAGCUGAGAACUCUGUAAAAGGGACUUCCUGAAGAAGAGUGCCCCCAAGUGGCCUGCCAAUACAAUCAUGGGUGCUCCCAGGAGCAAGUGGUUACCACUUGCCCCAAAAGACUCUACGCCCAGAUUUUCUACAGAUACUCUACAGACUUAAGUCUGAGGACACUGACCAGGCUUGCGGAUAAUACAUUUUUUUCUUGCUUUUUUCCAGCGCUCUUACAACAUGCAAGCCUUUUUUCAGUCUUUUCAGCUGCCUUUUACAGUUCUUCUUCUGACAAAUCCUGGGCAUUUCAAACAGACAAAGAAAAAGGACAGAGUAAAAGCAACUCACAGCAAGCCAAACAAGAGCCGUACACUCUGGGAUGUAGCUGUGGUCGAAAAGGAAGACCCAUAAUACCUGUUGGAUCUGAAACAGAAAUGAAUUUAAGGGUUAAACCGAGCACUGUCUGGCCGAAGUGUCACAAGCAAUCUUUUCUUUUUUUUUGGUAGGAACGCCAACUUGAGGCCUUGAUUUCCGGAAGGGAGCACAGAAGGGAUUCUCCAUGCUGGAAACUUAGCGCUGAGUGCGCUUGAAAUCGUGCACUGUCCAUCUGGGUAUUGUGAAAGAUUCAAAUAGUCUUAGGAAGAAUACAACAUGCUGGAAAAAAAUGUUUGUAAAAACAAAAACAGAAACCUUCAUUGUUAUGUUUACCUCUGUUUUACGACAGAAUUUUUAGGGACUUUUUCAUAAAUGGAAGCAGAUAUUUUCUGUUGUACAAUCUGUAUCACCUAGUGAAUAUUUCACUAAUUCACAAAUUGUUGAAGUUUUUAAUGCUAUC